AUGAUGGAAAUAAGCAACGAAAUAUUAAAAAAGAAAGAUUUCUUUUUUAUUUUGAAGUUCGGUGAUCAAAUAAAUAUCAUUGCCUCUUUUGUAGGAUUCCUUUCAUUUCCAUUUCAAUUCAUAUUGCACCUAUCUAUCUAUCUAUCUAUCUAUCUAUCUAUCUAUCUAUCUAUCUAUCUACACACAACUGCACACACGCAUACACACACAAACAUAUAUAUGAUAAAAUACAGUUUUAAAAUAUCUAUCUCUCUAUCUAUUUAUCUAUCUAUCUAUCAGAACUUAUGGGAUGACCUGAUAUCUAUCUAUCUAUCUAUCUAUCUAUCUAUCUAUCUAUCUAUCUAUCUAUCUAUUGAAAUGAUUCUAUCUAUCUAUCUAUCUAUCUAUCUAUCUAUCUAUCUGCGAGAGAAGGAAAUCGAGAAAAAAUCUCUCUCUUUCCACCCACCUGUCUCUCUUUCCACCCACCUCUCUCUCGCUUUCCACCCACAUCUCUCUCUCUUUCUACCUCUCUCUCUCUUUCCAUCUCUCUCUCAGUCCACUUCUCUCUCUUUCCAUCUCUCUGUCUCUUCCCACCUCUUUCUUUCCACCUCUCUCUUUCCACCUCUCUCCUUCCACCCUCUCUCUUUACACUUCUCUCUUUCCACCUUUCCGUGA